GCAAGCUUUUCUCUCAUCCCUAAAUGCUUUCUCUCUCUUGAAACCGGACAAUUUUUUUGAAGAAACGGAGAGAAUUCAAGAGAUCUCUUUAAGCUUGGAUUAUAAGAUUGAUAUAAGAAGAAAUUUUACGGAGUAUUGGAGAAAUUUUUGAAGGAGAAAACCUUUACGGUGGAGGUCUAUUUAAACAGUUGAUUCUGUUCAGUUGAAAGUUAGUCAUUUACCGCUUGAUAAUCCUGUUCUAUUUCAACAUCUAGAAGGUUAUUGUGCAAUGUCUAGCUCAGCAAAAGCUCUUGAGCCUGCUUUUCAGGGAGCGGGUCAGAAAGUAGGAACUGAGAUCUGGAGAAUUGAAAACUUCCAGCCAGUUCCCUUGUCAAAAUCGGAUUAUGGUAAAUUCUACUCCGGAGAUUCAUAUAUUAUUCUUCAGACAAGUUCUGGCAAGGGAGGUUCUUAUCUAUAUGAUGUACACUUCUGGCUUGGAAAGGAUACUAGCCAGGAUGAAGCUGGGACUGCGGCUAUAAAAACUGUUGAACUUGAUGCCAUGCUUGGUGGACGUGCUGUUCAGUACAGAGAACUACAGGGACAUGAAUCUGAUAAAUUUUUGUCAUAUUUUAAGCCAUGUAUCAUUCCACUUGAAGGUGGCAUUGCAUCUGGAUUUAAGACACCUGAAGAAGAAGAAUUUGAAACUCGGUUAUAUACUUGUAAGGGAAAACGAGUUGUACAUUUGAAGCAGGUCCCUUUUUCACGGUCCUCUCUGAAUCACGAUGAUGUUUUCAUUCUUGACACUGAAAACAAGAUCUAUCAGUUCAAUGGAGCAAACUCCAAUAUUCAGGAAAGGGCUAAAGCAUUAGAAGUAAUUCAAUUUUUGAAGGAGAAGUAUCAUGAGGGAAAGUGUGAUGUCGCCAUUGUUGAUGAUGGAAAAUUACAAGCGGAGACAGAUUCCGGUGAAUUCUGGGUUCUGUUUGGUGGUUUUGCCCCAAUUGGCAAGAAGGUCUUAACGGAAGAUGAUAUUAUUCCUGAGAAGACUUCUCCCCAACUUUACAGCAUUGUUGAUGGUGAAGUUAAGAAUGUUGAUGGAGAACUUACUAAAUCAAUCCUGGAAAAUAAUAAAUGCUAUUUGUUGGACUGCGGUGCUGAGGUAUUUGUCUGGGUGGGGCGGGUUACUCAAGUUGAUGAGAGAAAAGCUGCCAUGCAAGCAGCAGAGGAAUUUCUGUCAAGCCUAAAUAGACCCAAGUCAACACAUAUUACACGGCUAAUUCAGGGCUAUGAAAUUCACUCGUUCAAAUCAAAGUUUGACUCCUGGCCAUCAGGAUCAGCUCCUGUUGCUGAGGAGGGAAGGGGAAAAGUGGCAGCUCUGCUGAAGCAGCAAGGUGUUGGCAUGAAGGGAGCAAAUAAAACUGCCGCUGUAGUUGAGGAAGUUCCUCCGUUGCUUGAAGGUGGUGGAAAGAUAGAGGUAUGGCACGUCGAUGACGGUGCCAAAACUCCAGUGCCUCAUGAAGACAUUGGUAAAUUUUACAGCGGGGAUUGCUAUAUUGUACUCUAUACAUACCAUUCUCAUGAGAGAAGAGAUGAUCACUACUUGUGCUAUUGGAUUGGAAAAGACAGUGUUGAGGAGGACCAAACAGAAGCUGCUAAAUUGGCCACCACAAUGUAUAACUCUUUAAAAGGGAGGCCAGUACUGGGUCGGGUAUAUCAAGAGAAAGAGCCACCGCAGUUUGUUGCAAUCUUUCAGCCUAUGGUGGUCCUUAAGGGAGGACUGAGCUCAGCCUACAAAAACUACAUAGCAGACAAAGGUUUAAAUGAUGAAACAUACACCCCCGACGGUGUGGCACUCAUUCGCAUUUCGGGAACCUCUCCACAUAACAAUAAAGCUGUUCAAGUUGAUGCUGCGGCAUCAUCACUGAAUACGUUUGAAUGUUUUCUACUGCAAUCUGGAAAUUCAGUUUUCAGUUGGCAUGGUAAUCAAGGCACCUUUGAGCAGCAGCAGUUAGUAACCAAAGUUGCAGAAUUUCUUAAGCCGGGGUCAACCAUCAAACAUGCUAAAGAAGGUACAGAGAACUCGUCUUUCUGGUUUGCUCUUGGUGGUAAGCAGCCUUACACCAGCAAAAAGACAUCUUCUGAGAUUGUAAGAGAUCCCCACUUGUUUGCAUUCUCAUUCAAUAAAGGAAAAUUCGAGGUUGAAGAAAUAUACAACUUCUCUCAAGAUGACCUCUUAACAGAGGAUAUGUUGAUUCUCGACACACAUGCCGAAGUAUUUGUUUGGGUUGGUCAAGCAGUCGACUUAAAAGAGAAGCAAACUGCUUUUGAAAUUGGAGAGAACUAUGUCGAGCUGGCCGCUUCAUUAGAAGGCCUGUCUCCAAAAGUUCCGUUAUACAGAAUCGCAGAAGGAAGUGAGCCUUGCUUCUUCACCACAUAUUUUACUUGGGAUCCAGCUAAAGCUAGCGCCUAUGGAAACUCAUUCCAGAAGAAAAUCCUGUUACUCUUUGGAGCUAGCCAUGGUCAUGCUGCUGAGGACAAAUCCAACGGUUCAAAUAACGGCCCGACUCAACGAGCUUCAGCUCUAGCUGCUUUAAACUCUGCAUUCAGCUCAUCUUCAUCUCCAAAAGCCGGCUCCGCGCCACGACCACUCGGGAAAACUCAAGGCUCACAGAGAGCAGCUGCAGUAGCCGCUUUAUCAUCCGUCUUGACUGCUGAAAAGACUCGAUCACCCGAAGUCUCUCCUGUUCGACCAGGCAGAAGUCCCCUCAUGGAAGACAGCCCGCGCAAGGAAGUUAGCUCUCCUGCUUCUGCUAAAGGAGAAGAUGCUCCCGACACUGAAGAAUUCAAACUCACCCCAAAAAGUAGCGAAACCGAGAUAACUGAUCUUACCCCGGAAAACCCCGAAGACUCACCCGAUUCAAAGUCCGACACUUACCAGGAUGAAAUUACCCCCGAAAUCACUCAAGCUACAUUCACCUACGAUCAGCUCAAGGCUAAAUCCGAGAACCCUGUUAAGGGAAUCGACUACAAACGAAGAGAGGCAUAUCUUUCUGAAGAGGAAUUCAUGACUGUCCUGGGAAUGGCGAAAGAAGCCUUCUACAAGCUCCCUCGGUGGAAGCAGGACAUGCUAAAAAAAAAAGUCGAUCUUUUCUAGAAACUGCGUCUGCAAAACAAAGGUUCCCUUCCACCCUACAUUCGCAACUUAUUAUUUGUUCGGAAUCUUUACUUCCAGCUCGCCCUUUCCUUUACUGUUCUUCGCGUCUUAUCUUCUUUAUUUCCGUAUUAUCUGCCUUUACCAUGCAUCAACUUGGUGUUAUGGUUUCCUUUAUGAAGAGUGGUUAAUUUUUUUUCGCCGGUCUCAUCUUCGAAAUUUUCGGAAAAAAAAAAAAAAAAAGUUUUUGUUGCUAUUAUCCCCAUAUUGUAGUUUGGAAAACAAGAGGCAGAUACAAAUUCUUUGAUUGUGUUGAUUGAAUAUGGUUCUUGAGUUUGUUAUACACUCAAAAUUCCUUGUUCC